AUGGCUUCUGUUUCGCCUGUGUUGAUUUCAGAUUUAGCAAUGUUAGCCAUCAGAUCUUCAGAGGAGGAGUCCACUGAGAUCGAGGAGAUGGACACCUCAGAGCCCAACUGGUGCUGGUUCUACCUGGCUGAGUGUGGAGUGUGGCAUAUGUUUGAGAUUGACCCCAGUGCAGCCUGCUCAGUGACCAGUGCUCAGAUUGAGCAGUGCUACAACAGGAACCAGCGUGGGGUCAUGGAGUUCUACACAGCCAAGUACACAUACCGACUGGACUUCUCUGUUAUGCGACAGAUAAAUGUAACAACGGGGAAGCAGCGACCAAUCAAACGCUCCCUUCACUCUGCGACUGGCUUCAGGUUUAUCUGUGAUAAUCUGGCCUUACCUGUUCCCUGUCACUGGGAGAGAAUCAAUACAGAUGAACCCUACCAGCUCAUCCAGCUCGGCAGAGAUACAUAUGAGUUUAAAGAAGUAGCCAGAUUGUACGAAAGAACAAUGGAUCAUCCAAUCAAAUCCAUCCAAAGGAUCCAGAACUUGGACUUAUGGGAGUUCUUCUGCAGGAAGAAAACACAGUUGCGAAAAGUCAAGCGAACUCUGGAUAUUGAGGAGCGCAUGCUGUUUCAUGGCACAGGACACAGCAACAUACAAGCUAUAUGUACAUUUAACUUUGACUGGCGUCUGACAGGAAGUCAUGGCGAUGUUUAUGGCAAAGGGAGCUACUUUGCCCGGGAUGCCAAGUAUUCCAGUAAGUUCUGCCACACCACAGGGAAACACAACACCACCUUACAGAGACACGGACUCGCGCCGCCUAUAUUCGCCAGCGAGCCGCCCUAUAAGACCAUGUUCCUGGCCAGAGUGCUCGUUGGGGAGUACACUGUCGGUCAUCCCAUGUACUGCAGACCGCCCUCUAAGGACGCCAGCUUCACUAACUUUUACGACAGCUGCGUGGACGAUAUGGCCAAUCCAAAGAUCUACGUGAUUUUUGACAGCAAUCAGAUCUACCCCGAGUACCUGAUUGAGUUCUACUGA